AUGCACAUAAUUAGGGUUACCAGUUUGGUGGUACUCCUGGUAUGGUGCUACACAAAUGGGAAAAGUAUUUUCAGAAAGAAGAAAUUUAGUUAUGAUUCUGCGCAUUUGCUAAAUGCCCCUGAUGAUGAAGCGAGCAAUUUUUCCUCCCUGGACAAUUUAAAAGAAGAGGAACCGCACAGUAGCAACGAUGACGGUGUGUAUGUGGAGGGUACGCACUCUGUAGGUGAGGGAGACACGAAUAAUGUGAUGGACAUGAAAAAUGGAUCAUUCAUUCUUUUAAGUGAGAAGAUGAAAGAUGGUCCCUCUGACGAGGAGGAAGAAGAGGAAGAUGGGCAUGACAAUGCUGACCAUGUGAAUAACAACGUGAGUUCAAAUAACAAUGGUGACGACGGUGGAGAGAACGAUCACAACAACAACGAGGAGGACCACGAGGAAGACGAUCACGAUCACAACGACAACAACAACAAUAACAACAAUAACAACAAUAACAACAACAACAAUAACAAUAACAAUUACAACAAUAAUAACAAUAACAAUUACAACAAUAAUAACAAUAACAACAUGAACGGCAGCGGCUCCAUGACGGCUCUUCCGCCGCCACCCCCACCUGUGAUGCACCACCCCCCACCUCCACCCAUGACCCCCUCGGGCAUCGUCGGCCACGUCGUGUCAAACGUCUUCACCGCUGGAUUGAAGUUGUUUGGCGUGCCGUAA